AUGAAGCCUCUCCUCAUUGUGUUUGUCUUUCUCAUCUUCUGGGACCCAGCUCUGGCAGGCUUGAAUCCACUAUCAUCAGAAAUACACCAGAAAUGCUAUGGAAAUGGCACCUGCAGACUCGAGUGCUAUACAAGUGAAAUGUUAGUUGCCUACUGUACGUUUCAGCUGGAGUGCUGUGUCAAAGGAAACCCUGACCCCUGA